AUGGGCAAGACCAAGUCUACCACCAAGGGCAGCAAGGCCGCUGACCCUCUCACCAAGGUGAAGAACGCCGGCGUCGCCAAGGCCGCUGAGAGCCCCAAGGCCAAGUCCAAGGCGAUCGCCAAGGAGGUCGCUUCCAAGGAGAAGGCUUCCAAGAAGUCCAAGAAGGUUGUCGAGCCCGAGUCCGACUCGGAUUCUUCCGACAGCAGCGAGGAGGAGGAGGACUCCGACUCUUCCGAGGCCGAGGCUUCCAGCGACUCUUCCGACUCUGAGGAGGAGAAGCCCGUCAAGAAGGCUGCCCCCAAGGCUGCCAAGAAGGCUGAGUCUUCUGACUCUGACGACUCUUCCGACUCUGAGGAGGAGGCCCCUAAGGCCAAGACCAACGGCGCUGCUAAGAAGGCUGAGACCUCCGACAGCGACGACUCCGAGGAGGACUCUGAUGACUCCGACUCUUCUGAGGACGAGAAGACCGAGAAGAAGGCUGAAGCCACUUCCGACUCCGACUCCUCUGACUCUGAUGAGGAGGAAGACUCCUCCGACUCUAAGGAAGCAUCUGAGACCGAGGCCAAGGCCGAGGAGCCUUCCAAGAAGCGCAAGGCCCUUGACGACCCUGUCAUUCCCGGCAAAAAGGCUCGCACCGAUAUCUCUGACAAGAGCUCUACCCUCUUCGUUGGCUCCCUUGCCUGGGCUGUCGAUGACAACUCCCUGUACGAGGCUUUCCAGGAGUUCGCCGACCUCACCGGUGCCCGCGUUGUCACCGACAAGGCCACCGGCCGCAGCCGUGGCUUCGGCUACGUCGACUUCGCCACCCCCGAGGCUGCUGCCGCCGCCCUCGAGGGCUCCCAAGGCCGUGAGCUUGCUGGCCGUGCUAUGAACAUCGACUUCUCUGGCCAGAAGCCCGCUGGUGACGGCAACCCCCAGGCUCGCGCCUUCGACCGCGCCCAGAAGCACGGCGACACCGUCUCUCCUGAGAGUGACACUCUCUUCGUCGGCAACCUUCCUUUCGACGUCGACCAGGACACCGUCAGCGCUUUCUUCAGCGAAGCCGCUGAGGUCACUAGCGUUCGCCUGCCCACUGACCCUGAGACGGGUAACCUUAAGGGCUUUGGCUACGUUUCCUUCAACUCUAUUGACGAUGCCAAGACUGCUUUCGCUCAGCUCAACGGCCAGUACGUUGGCGAGGGUCGCAGCGGCCGUGCUGUCCGCCUGGACUUUGCCGGCCAGAAGCCCCAGCGUGAGGGUGGUGGCUUCGGUGGCGGCCGCGGUGGUGGCCGUGGCGGUGGCCGUGGUGGUUUCGGUGGUCGUGGACGUGGCGGUGGUGACCGCGGUGGUCGCGGCGGCCGUGGCGGCCGCGGUGGAUUCUCUUCCACCAACCGUGGUGGCUUCGGCGACUUCAAGGGCCAGAAGGUCACCUUCUAA